GGGCGGGGAGCGCAGGCUGGGCCCGCGGCCGCCGAGCCGGGAAGAUGCUGCUGUCCCUGGUGCUCCACACGUACUCCAUGCGCUACCUGCUGCCCGGGGUCGUGCUCCUGGGCUCCGCGCCCACCUACGUGCUGCUCUGGGGGGCCCUGCGGCUGCUCUCCGCCCUCCUGCCCGCCCGCUUCUACCAGGCGCUGGACGACCGGCUCUACUGCGUCUACCAGAACAUGGUGCUCUUCUUCUUCGAGAACUACACCGGGGUCCAGAUAUUGCUAUAUGGAGAUUUGCCAAAAAAUAAAGAAAAUAUAAUAUAUUUAGCAAAUCAUCAAAGCACAGUUGACUGGAUUGUUGCUGACAUGUUGGCUGUCAGGCAGAAUGCACUUGGACAUGUGCGCUAUGUGCUGAAAGAUCAGCUAAAAUGGCUUCCAUUGUAUGGGUGUUAUUUUUCUCAGCAUGGAGGCAUCUAUGUGAAGCGAAGUGCCAGAUUUAAUGAGAAAGAGAUGAGGAGCAAGCUGCAGAGCUACGUCAGCGCGGCGACUCCAAUGUAUCUUGUGAUUUUUCCAGAAGGUACAAGGUAUUACACUGCAAGACCAGGAAAAGUCCUUUCAGCUAGUCAGGCAUUUGCUGCUCAACACGGCCUUGCAGUAUUAAAGCAUGUGCUGACACCCCGUAUAAAAGCAACUCAUGUUGCUUUUGAUUCUAUGAAGAGUUAUUUGGAUGCAAUUUAUGAUGUUACGGUGGUCUAUGAAGGAAAAGACAACAUGCGGCAGCAAAAGCAUUCUCCAUCCAUGACUGAAUUUCUCUGCAAUGAAUGUCCAAGAAUUCAUAUUCACAUUGAUCGUAUAGACAAAAAAGAUGUCCCAGAAAAACAAGAGUGUAUGAGGAGAUGGCUUCAUGAACGCUUUGAAAUAAAAGAUAAGAUGCUUAUAGACUUCUAUGAAUCACCAGAUCCAGCAAGAAGAAACAGACUUCCAGGGAAAAGUGUUAAUUCCAAACUAAGUCUUGGGAAGACUUUGCCAUCAGCACUGUUCUUGAGUGGUGUGACUGCUGGCAUGCUGAUGACCGAGGUUGGAAGGAAACUGUAUGUAAACACGUGUAUCUACGGGACCUUGCUCGGCUGCCUGUGGGUCAGUCUCAAAGCGUAAACAGCAGCAUCUCCAGGCAGCGGGAUGUGCUCCAUGGUCUGUCCUCGGCGGCCACACAUGACAUCAGUUGUUUCCUGAAUUUAGUAAGAAGUGUAAAUAAAGCCUUGUUGAUUGAGCAUUGGAUAAGAGAAUUUUUGACUGAAGCUGAUGGGAAGUUGGUCUCGGGCAAGCACACAUGGUUUCACAGCGUUAGCGCCGGAGCUGCAGCAAGUAAAAGCUAAGCAGGGUUUCUGCUGUUCUCACAGUUCCAUGAACUAAGGACAACUUCAGAUUAGUAGCAUUCGACAGUUUGCCAUCAUUUUGUAAUUCAGAUGGUUGUAUUUUUGAACAUUAAUUUGCAGCAUAUUUCACUAUAUUUGUUAUUACACCUUGACAGCUCUAAAUGCUAAAGUACUUAGUAUCUCACAGCUGGGUAAUAUUUCCCUUGUUCCUAAUUUCUGUAAGCCAAUGGAAGAAAUUGUAUUUCGAUAUCAAGAUGGUCAAAGAAAAGGGCAAAACAUGGGUUCCUGGGCAAGCUCUGUUGAGCUCAUGUUCUGUUACUUGGCAUGUUUGCACACCCUGUACUCUACAUGAAAGAAUAAUGUAUAAAAUAAGAGAAUGAAGUUUGAGUUAAGAUUAUGACUGAGUCAUUGUAGCAGAGCUUCAAAUGGCUCAGUGUUUUGAAGAUUGAAGCUCUGCUAUGAGCACUUGAUAGCAUUGGUGCCAUAAGUGCUUGGAAACAUCGAGGUUUCUGGUUUUUUGUUUUUGUUUUUUUAAGAUCACGGUAAUCAGUGUGAACCUUGGCUGAUCCCUAAGUUCCUAGGUAUCCAAGCUAAUGGGCCCUCACGGACAUUCUGACUAGAUUUACCGGCACGCGCCUUUUGCCCACUUUUCUUUGAUUUAACAGAAUGUUUCCUUCACAUGUCUGUGCGCUGCAGCUUGUCCCCGGCGUCUUGUCAGUGGCGCUGCAGUUGGCACAGACCAUAAGGGGAGCAGGGCGCAGCCGGCGUUGCCCUCCUAGGAGCGGGACUCUCAGCCCUUUGCGGCGUCACACCAGCUAUGCAGAAGCAUCUUGUGCUUGUCUGCUCAGGAAGUUUGCCUUCCUUAAGCCAGUGAAAUAGUCUUGAUUCAUCGGGACUGAGUGAAUCUGUUUCUUGCCCGUGAGUUGUAAUGGAGUGCCACGGCAUUGGGUGUCACCUCAGAGCAAGCACUGUGUCCAGGAACCCAGUCACACCGCCCCGUGGGACAGUGUGUCCCAUGUGGGUACCUCUGUGAUGUGCGAUCUCCUCUGCUUCUGUGUCAUGAUUUAACUUGAUUGCCUGCUAAUCCUUUGAGGGAGCAUUUCACCUACUGCUAAUGGGUUUUUUUGCAAAAUUAUAUCCAUGGUGCACAUGAAACACGCCAAUUGAAUCAUAAAUAAAAUGAAAAAAUGAUUAAGGGAAAAUUAAGUGACUGUGUUACAUUGCUUCUCCAAAACCAGAGAGUAAGCCGUUUCAAGCAACGUCUUCAAAGAGUCAUGUGGUGUGAGUUGAUUUGUGUAUGUUAGUAUGUGUGUGUAUACACACACUCAUGUACACUCAGGGUACUAUUGGCUUAAUUAUGAAAGGGGUCGUAGGUAAAACUUAGGAAAAGUGUGUUCAUGCCUCGCUGUAAUUAUCUCUUCCCUGUCAUAUAAAAUUUAGAUCAAUCCCAUUUCUUUAAGUACAUUUUCUAACAGUCCUAAAUUUAUAAAUUAUUUCUAAUUAGACCAGAAUAAAUGUAAGUCAUGGAACUUAUUUUAAGUCUCAUAUAUGUGCUCUAAAUUUCAAGAGGCAAUACCACUGGAAUUAUUUGGAGUAUAAUUCAUUAUAACAAGGCAAAGUAACCUGCAUAAGAUCACUUGAAUAUCAUGUUUCUUGGGACUGUACUUCUCACAAAAGGUCUAUAAAAUAUGGUAGUUGAAAACAAUUUUGUGUCAAAAUGUUUGGAAAAUUAGAAGCUUCUCCUUAACCUGUACUGAUACUGACUUGAAUUAUUAUUUUCUAAAAUUAUGCCUACUUGCACCCUUCUCACAUAUCAUUUAAACUUUUGUUUGUAUUAUUAUUGUUGAUUUACAGCUUUGUUAUUACUUAGUUUUUCUUUAUAAGAAUGCCAUCAAUGUGCAUGCUUUUAUGUUUUUCAGAAAAGGGUGUAUUUGGAUGAAAGUAAAAAAAUAAAAUCUUUCACUGUC